AAUGUCAAAAUGAAAUAAAAAGAUCUAUGGAAAAUUGAUAUCAUAAAAUAGGUUACAGAAGUUUCUUGCUGAUUUUUAUAUAAAAAGUAGAUACUUUUGUUGAUUUCCUAAAAAUCAUUAUUUGAAAUUAGAAGAUUUAAGAUAUGUUGUAGCCUACAAAACUUAAAAUGGAAUCAGAACUUACCAACGCUGAUAUAUGCAGAGUAUGUCGAUCAGAAGGAGGUCCAGAUCGUCUUCUAUUCCAUCCUUGCAUUUGUACUGGGAGUAUUAAGUGGAUACACCAAGAAUGUCUUGUUCAGUGGAUGAGGUAUUCCAGGAAGGAAUAUUGUGAAUUAUGUGGUCACAAAUUCUCAUUUACUCCAAUUUAUUCACCUGAUAUGCCUAGAAGAUUGCCUGUGCGAGAUCUAGCUUCAGGAUUAUUAUCAUCAAUAGCAACAGCUGUUAAAUAUUGGUUCCACUAUACCCUUGUUGCCUUAGCAUGGUUGGGUAUUGUACCUCUUACAGCAUGUCGGAUAUAUAGAGCAUUGUUUGCUGGCACAGUGGAUGCAAUUCUUACCCUUCCAUUUGAAAUGAUUUCUAGUGAAAAUAUAGCAGCCGACAUUUUUCAAGGAUGCUUUGUGGUAUGCUGUACUUUAUUUGCUUUUGCCAGUCUUGUUUGGUUAAGAGAGCAGAUUCUUCAUGGAGGAGGACCUGAAUGGCUCCAAAGAGAUGAAAUGGUUCCGGUGGGGGAAAAUCCUCCAAGAGUGUUGCAUAAUAUUCCUGAGGAAAUGAAUGAAAUUGAGGAUGAAAAUGGUGCACAACCACCUGAAGAAGGUGAGGUUGCUCAAGAAAACCAAGACCAGCCUGAACAGGAAGGAAAUGCUGGCGAGGAUAAUAACUGGAUUCCUAUGGAAUGGGAUAGAGCUGCUGAAGAAAUUACUUGGGAACGUCUUUUGGGCCUUGAUGGUUCAUUGAUGUUCUUAGAACAUGUUUUUUGGGUGAUCAGCCUAAAUACCCUUUUCAUAAUUAUUUUUGCAUAUGCCCCUUACCAUAUGGGUGUAAUGACUUUAAAUUUGUUCAGUCUUCAAGAAUACGCAUCUGAGAGUCAUUUUGAAGGGUUGUUGACUACCUUAGUAGGAUACAAUACUGUAGGACUUUGUUUCUUAAUUCUUCACAGAUUUAGUGCUUGGUUAGGGCUUUUCAGAGCAAAGAGAGUACUGGGAUUGUGUUAUGUAGUAGUAAAAGUCUCAAUGCUGUCUGUUAUUGAAAUAGGUAUAAUCCCACUGGUUUGUGGUUGGUGGUUAGAUAUAUGCUCAUUAAAUAUGUUUGAAGCUACAAUUAAAGACAGGGAGCAGAGUUUUAGAACAGCACCAGGAACUUCAAUUUUCUUGCAUUGGUUAAUUGGUAUGGUGUAUGUGUAUUAUUUUGCUUCAUUUAUUUUGUUACUGAGGGAAAUUGUAAGGCCAGGUGUUCUUUGGUUCCUUAGGAAUUUUAACGAUCCAGAUUUUAGUCCCAUUCAAGAAAUGAUUCAUUUACCUAUUCUGCAACACAUUAGAAAACUGAUUAUAUCUGCUGUCAUUUUCGGAAGCGCCGUACUUUUGAUGUUGUGGUUGCCUAUUAGGAUUAUUAAACUUAUAUUACCCUCAUUUUUGCCAUAUACAGUUUCUCUGAAUAAUGAAAGCCAAGUUAAUGAACUCAGUUUAGAAUUGUUGCUGUUACAAGUCAUUUUGCCAGCAUUGCUAGAACAGUCACACACAAGGGUUUGGUUGAAGGCGUUUGUAAGAUGGUGGUGUAAGAUAAUGGCCUGGGUUUUGAAUUUACAUUCAUAUUUACUUGGAGAGCAGACAUAUCCUGAACGAAAUGCGGAGCAGAAUGGUGAAAGACAGGAAAAUGUUCCAGGAAAUGAUGGUGGCAAUUUGGGCGCUGUACAUCAGGCUUUGUUUAUGAUGGAGCCUCCUACAGGAUAUCAACCCUACCAACGCCCAAAAUUCUUUUUGGCUCGUCUAUUUUCCCUUUUAGUGAUGGUAUGUUUGUCACUUGUCUGUUUUUCGGUCGUUGCUCUUACCGUACCUGUAUGGUUGGGUAGAAGAGUGAUGGCUUUAUGGUUGGUAGGAGCCCCACCUCCAGGUCCACAGAUUUCCGCUACCGAAGCUAAAACAGAAGUAAAGGUCCACGAACUAUAUACGGCAGCCUGUGGCCUGUAUUUGUGCUGGUUGGCAGCUAGAGCGGUAACUUUGAUCUUAAGCUGGCUGCCGCAAGGCAGAGUUGCCAUGAUGGAACGGCUGAAACAGUGGUGCAUGUUAGGAAUGAAGACUAUAGUCGCUAGUACACUUUUACUCGGCGUAAUUCCACUGUUAUUCGGGCUUCUUCUUGAACUUGUCGUUAUUAUACCUUUGCGUGUACCCAUUCAUCAAACUCCUAUACUUUUUAUAUGGCAGGAUUGGGCUCUUGGCGUAUUGUACACUAAAAUAGCGUGCGCUAUUACUAUGAUGGGGCCUGAUUGGUUCUUAAGGGCGGCGAUCGAAAGGGCAUAUAGGGAGGGUAUUCGCGAUAUGAAUCUCGGAUUUAUUUUUAAAGAACUCGCUCUUCCGGUUAUCGUUUCGUUUGGAUUUGCUCUGGCUGUACCAUAUGUCAUUGCUUAUUCUAUCAUACCAAUGUUUGUAACUAACUUACAAUUAAGAAAUCUCAUUGCCAGAAGGUUAUAUCCCUUCUUAUUAUUGGUAGCUGCUCUGAGUGUAAUAAUAGUAUUACAAAUAAGACAAUUCAAGAAAUUGUAUGAACAUAUUAAGAAUGAUAAAUAUUUAGUUGGUCAAAGGUUAGUAAAUUAUGAUCACAGGAAGGCCAAAGCUCAGAAUCCGUCAACUUAAACAUUUGUACACGUAUUGCCAUAUAAAAUAUUUAAGUAAAUGGGCAACUAACCCCAAAACUUACAAAUUAUCUACAUCAGAAGGUUUUUAUUAAUUACCUUAUUUUUUAUAUUAUGAAUUUAUUUGGAUUUAUCAAACAUAAUUUGAGUUGAGUUAUAAAUGUUGUUCAUCUAUUUUUAUUUUAUAUGGUUGGAACUAGAUAAUUGAAAUGCUAAAAAUCUUGUAUCAAGUUUUUUAUAUAUAUGUAUAUAUAAUUAUUUUUUGACUACUUCAUUUUAUGGUUUCCAGUAUCAUUUUAAGUAUAUAUUUAUUUGGUGGAAUAUGUCAUGACUAUAAUUCAGAUUGAGUAUAUAUCUGCAGUCUCUAUGGAAUGCAGGUUUUCAUGUAGGGUAUUGUGGGUUGGUGUAAUUCGUAAUAAAAACUUAAUUAGUUUAUUCGCAUCAUAAGGUUAAUAAUAUGUAACCUAACCAACUUACACUUUUAAAAUUAUAUACAGGGUAGCUUUUUACAUAAAACAUACAAGUAUUUUUUAAUGCAAACUAAAUUAGAUAAAGUAUUAACAGAUUCUGAUUUAUUUUCGAUAUUUUUUUAAUAACAUCUAGACUUACCUUAAUUUAGUUGGUUUAUGCUAGAAGUGUCAAUCUUUGAGUUGAAAUUUCAGACAAUACUUUAGUAUUCAUAGUAGGGAUUAUAUUUUUUCUGAUGUUUACUUGUUUAUAUUAUACGUAUACCGUGCUGGCAACUGUCACUUUUGGGUCGGCAUUUACAUGUGUGGAAGUAAAUCGCAUAGGGAUCUUUUUAAGUCGGAGU